UCGCUGAGUGCGGUAGCUCUUCUCCAGCCACCACAUCUUCGUUGGACCAAAAUCUACGACGACGCGCUUCAGUGCAGCGGACGCCGAUCAACGGAACGGAUCCGAUACGUACUGGACUGAGCUAGCCCUAGACAUAUAGCCAUGAAGUUCGCCGAGCACCUGUCGGCGCACAUAACGCCCGAGUGGCGUAAACAGUACAUCAACUAUGAGGAAAUGAAGGCCAUGCUUUACCUGGCCGUGGAGGAGGCCCCGUCGGUGGAAAGUGUUGAAGAUGAUGUGCUGAAGCGUCAUUUUGCCAACUUUGACGAGAACUUCUUUCACUACUGCGACAAGGAACUCAAGAAGAUCAACACAUUCUACUCGGAGAAGCUGGCGGAGGCAACGCGAAAGUUUGCCACCUUAAAUGCCGAGCUUAAGACGUCCAUUGAGGAGUCGGAGCGCAGUGCCAAGAAGUCCAAGGGUCAGAAGCGACACGCCGCUUUGCCGGAUCGCAAAGCCCGUGAGCUAAAGUUGGCCUUCAGCGAGUUCUAUUUGAGUCUGAUCCUCCUGCAGAAUUACCAGAAUCUGAAUCACACCGGUUUCCGGAAAAUCCUAAAGAAGCAUGACAAGCUUUUACGCGUGGACACCGGUGCCAAGUGGCGGCAGGAAUAUGUGGAGGCAUCACACUUCUUCACCAACAAGGACAUUGAUAAUAUCAUCAAUGAAACAGAGACAACGGUCACUGGUGAACUGGAGGGUGGUGAUCGUCAGCGGGCAAUGAAACGUUUGAGAGUUCCGCCUCUUGGGGAACAGCAAAGUCCAUGGACCACCUUCAAGGUUGGUCUCUUCUCCGGCAGCUUCAUAGUGCUGGGCAUUGUGGUCGUACUGUCGGCAAUCUUCCAUGAGAUUAGCGGUGAGAAUCUGAAGGUCACGUUUCGUCUGUACCGUGGUCCCCUGCUCAUCAUCGAGUUCAUCUUCCUCAUUGGCGUGAAUAUCUACGGCUGGCGGUCAUCUGGCGUGAAUCAUGUUCUUAUCUUUGAGCUUGAUCCGCGGAAUCAUUUAUCGGAGCAGCAUCUCAUGGAACUGGCGGCUAUUUUUGGCGUUGUGUGGACGCUCAGCAUGCUGAGCUUCCUGUAUAGUGCCAGUCUGGCCAUACCGGCGUUCAUCAAUCCGUUAACACUCACCCUGAUCAUGGUGCUGUUCCUGGCCAAUCCAUUUCACGUCCUCCAUCACGACGCCCGCUUCUGGCUGUGGCGGAUUACGGGUCGCUGCCUCUCUGCCCCAUUCUUCCAUGUGGGCUUUGCUGAUUUCUGGCUGGGUGAUCAGCUGAAUUCGUUGGCCACGGCCAUACUGGACUUUGAAUACCUCAUCUGCUUCUACUUUACGAAUGGGAACUGGACGGAGGCAAAGGAUGCUUCUAUAUGCAUGGAGAAGGAUUUUAUCAUCCGGCCGAUUGUCAACUGCUUGCCUGCCUGGUUUCGAUUUGCACAGUGCCUGCGGCGAUAUCGUGACUCGAGAGAGGCCUUCCCUCACCUGGUGAAUGCCGGGAAAUACUCCACCACAUUUCUUGUGGUGAUCUUUGCUACGCUCAAGAGUUUCCACAGUCCGAACUAUGCCAGCACAUUUGACAAUCCAUACACUUGGCUGUGGAUUAUAGCUUCUAUUGUGUCCUCCUGCUAUGCCUACACUUGGGAUAUCAAAAUGGAUUGGGGUCUGUUUGAUAAGAAUGCUGGAGAGAAUACGUUCCUGCGCGAGGAAGUCGUCUACUCAUCGACGGGCUUCUACUACUUUGCCAUUGUGGAGGACUUGGCACUUCGCUUCAUUUGGGUGCUGUCCUUCUAUCUCACCGAAAUGAAGAUAGUUAGUGGUGACAUUAUGACCUCCAUCACUGGCAUUCUAGAGGUAUUCCGUCGCUUUGUUUGGAACUUUUUCCGCCUGGAGAACGAGCAUCUCAACAAUUGCGGUAAGUUCCGUGCCGUGCGAGAUAUCUCGAUAGCACCACUGGACUCCUCCGAUCAGGCUCUCAUCCUGCGCAUGAUGGACGAGGGCGAUGGGGUAAUCAAUCGCUAUACCAAGACAAACAGGCCCAAGCCCAAGAAGGUCAAGGAUCCGGAGAAGCGUAGCCUGUUGCAGCCGCGUGGCUCGUUGCCCGACUUACGAAUCGAUAUGGAUAGUAAAAAGUUGUAGGCGAGAGAAUAGUGCUUCCUAAUGAACGAUUUUGCGGUGUAUGUAAACCAUGUUUUUUUUUUAUCUUGUUUAAUUCUAUAUAUAUCUCUUUUUUUUGCGUUGUUUAGCUAAUUUGUACAUUUAGUCACUAAGUACUUAAAGUUGAAGAGAGUGAGAGAGGAGAGAGAGACGAAAGUGUCGAGCAAUAAUUAGUGCCUAAGAUUUCGAACUAAUUUAGCAUUCCAUUUAUAUGCGGUAAAACGAACCAAACCUAUAUCUGAAACCUAUAUCAUUAACUGCAUAUAAAACCCUAAUACCUUAGCCGCCUAAGCCACAUUCCCCAAUAUUCCGAAGCCCUGAAAUUACGAGCCAGAAUUCCAAAAAACCAUACCUUCCACAAAAUUUAAACAAGACAGAGUUUGGAGCAGCUGAGAGAACGGCAGUAUUAGUACUUAGAAAAGAGCGAACAAACAGCAACCACAUUCCUUUAUCACUAAUUAGUUAGAUCUGUUGUCUGUCCAUCGAAACCCUAAAGGAAUUGUAUAUAAUAUAUAGACUACAUUUGUAUAUUUGUUGUUGUGCCUCCUG